AUGCCAUACAAUCUCAACGGGAGGAACGUUCUCAUCACCGGCGGCUCAAGAGGCCUCGGUGCAGUCGUCGCCCAGAAAUUCGCCGCCGAGGGCUGCAACAUCGCCAUCAACUUUGCCUCUCGCGCCGAGCCUGCAAACGAGCUCGCAACGCAGCUGAAAACGAAGUACAAUGUCAUGACUGUCGUUAUCCAGGGGGAUGCGGGCAGCAUGAAGGAUUGUGAGAGGAUGGUGGAGACAACCAUCAACACGUUUGGAGGGAUUGAUGUUGUUAUCGGGAAUGCGGGCUGGACUAAAUUCUCCACCUUCGGCGACCUCACUGCGUUGACGGAAGAAGACUGGGACAAGUGCUGGGCAGUAAACGUGAAAGGCCAGCUCGCGCUUCUCCGCGCGGCUCUGCCGACAUUCAACGCCAAUAUCGACGGCGGCGUCUUCAUCAUCACCUCCAGCAUCGCCGGCGUGGCGCAGUCCGGCAGCUCGAUGGCGUACUCGGUCACCAAGGCCGCGCAGUUGCAUCUGAUGAAGUGUCUGGCGCGGACGCAGGGAGCUAAGGUCAGGGUUAAUGCUGUGUUGCCGGGCCUGCUUUUGACAGAGUGGGGUUCGAAGUAUUCGGACGAGGCGAUUAAGGCGAUGGAGGAGAAGGCGGCGCUGAAAAAGGUAACGGAUCUUGAUGACUGUGCUGAUGCGUAUGUCCUCAUUGCCAAGAACGGGUCGAUGACGGGACAGCAGAUUACUGUCGGUGAGUCGAAGCAUUUGCUGUUCGGUAAUGGGGUUUCGCUGACUCGUCUAGAUGCUGGGUUGAUAAUUGGUGCCUGA